GCCGUUGAAAGAGUUGACUUUCAACGGUGGGUCUCCCACAUACACGCGUUGGCUUUUCCUCCGCUCCUCUCUCUUGUUCGGUUCGUUCUUCACUCUGCAGAUUGUCUCCGAUUCCGAACUGCCACUUUCAUCUCUCGUCGCGAAGUUAACAAUAUGAGCGCUGCCCUAGGCAGGAAGAUCAAGACCGGAAUCCAAGGAUGUGGAAGGCUGAAUCGCUUUUUUACGAGGAAAGCUCCAAACGAACCAGAUGCUAAGACCCUUUCAGUGUUGCCCUGCAUCAUCUCAAAACAGGAUCACCAAAGACUGGAAUCUGGUGAUAUAAAGUCUUUGAGGAUGCUUGGACUCCUUGGGGCAGGUGUAUCAGGACUUCUAAGUUUUGCAACAGUAGCCUAUUCUGAUGAGGCGGAACAUGGCUUGGCAUGUCCUGACUAUCCAUGGCCUCACAAAGGAAUCCUCAGUUCGUAUGAUCAUUCAUCGAUUCGCCGGGGUCACCAAGUAUACCAACAAGUGUGUGCAUCUUGCCAUUCAAUGUCUCUAAUUUCAUACCGUGAUCUUGUGGGUGUUGCAUAUACUGAAGAAGAGACGAAAGCUAUGGCGGCAGAGAUUGAGGUGGAAGAUGGACCUAAUGAUGAGGGUGAGAUGUUCACCCGUCCAGGCAAGCUAAGUGAUCGCUUUCCUCAGCCUUAUGCAAAUGAACAAGCAGCAAGAUUUGCUAAUGGAGGGGCCUAUCCCCCAGAUCUAAGUCUCAUCACUAAGGCCCGUCAUAAUGGUCAGAACUACGUAUUUGCUCUUCUAACAGGUUAUCGUGAUCCUCCUGCUGGUGUCUCGAUACGAGAAGGACUUCACUAUAAUCCUUACUUUCCCGGAGGUGCUAUUGCUAUGCCCAAAAUGCUCAAUGAUGGUGCUUUGGAAUAUGAAGAUGGUACCCCUGCAACAGAGUCCCAGAUGGGGAAAGAUGUUGUGACAUUUUUGACAUGGGCUGCUGAGCCAGAAAUGGAAGAGAGAAAACUGAUGGGAUUUAAAUGGAUCUUUGUGCUGUCACUUGCGCUUCUCCAAGCAGCAUAUUAUAGACGAUUGAGAUGGUCAGUCCUCAAGUCUCGAAAGCUGGUUCUUGACGUUGUCAAUUAACCUGAGAGGGUUAUCAGGGGACACAUGUUUUGGCAAUAAUGGUUGUAGUGGAUUAUUUUUUGGCACGUAUUUUUUGAAUGGCCUAGCAAUUUCGUACUGAAUGGAGGAGAAGAGCAUCCAUGCAGUUGUGCCCUUUCCCAAGAGAAUAAUAAGCGAAAGCGACCCUUGUAUUUUACACCAGUCGGUUAUUUAGUCGACUUAUGGAGGUUACAAUUUAUUGGACAAUUUAUCUUCCUUGUGAGUGCUAAUCUGCACCAAAUAUUCAUGUCUAUUUUCCUGUUUGAUGUAAUGUCCCUCCGAACUUAUUCUGUUAUAAUCUUUUCGGGAUGAUGUUACGGGUUCAAUAUUGAAAAAAUUUGCAAAUCCUGAGGGGUUGGAUUGUGUUA